AUGUUAGUUCGUCUAUGUUUUUUUAUUUCUUUGGCUUUGGUUGCCAUUAAUGGUCGUAUGCUUAAAUCACAUCGACCAUUACUUUCAUUAAAUCUUGUAAAUGAAAUUAAUUCAGCACAAACAACAUGGAAAGCAUCAGCAUCAUCAAAAUUUAUGUCAUGGUCAAAAGAAUCAAUCGAACGUUUAAUGGGUGUUCAUCCAGAUUAUUAUAAUCAACAUAAACAACUUGAAGUACUUGAACAUGAUGUACCAAAUGAUUUACCAGAAACUUUUGAUGCACGUGAACAAUGGCCUAAUUGUCCAACACUCAAAGAAGUUCGCGAUCAAGGAAGUUGUGGUAGUUGUUGGGCUUUUGGUGCUGUUGAAGCGAUGUCGGAUCGUAUUUGUAUUGCUUCAAACGGUGCUGUAAAUGCUCAUAUCUCAGCUGAAGAUCUUGUUUCAUGCUGUAAAUUAUGUGGUUUUGGCUGUAAUGGUGGUUUUCCACAAGCUGCUUGGUCAUAUUUUAAAAAAACAGGUUUAGUUACUGGUGGUAAUUUCGAAACAAGUGAAGGUUGUCGACCAUAUACUAUUGCAUCAUGUGAUCAUCAUGUUAAUAAAACUUUACCACCUUGUCAAGGUGAAGGUAAAACACCAAGUUGUACAAAAGAUUGUAUUACUGGUUAUACAAUUGCAUAUCCAGAAGAUAAACAUUUUGGUGAUAGUGUUUAUUCAAUUAAAUCAAAUGAACAACAAAUUCAAACAGAAAUCUUUAAAAAUGGACCAGUUGAAGGCGCUUUUACUGUAUAUGCUGAUUUUCCUUUAUACAGUUCAGGUGUUUAUAAACAUACAUCAGGAUCCAGUCUUGGUGGUCAUGCUAUUAAAAUUCUUGGUUGGGGUGUCGAAAAUUCAACACCAUAUUGGCUUGUUGCUAAUUCAUGGAAUCAAGAUUGGGGUGAUAAUGGUUUCUUUAAAAUUCUUCGUGGUAAAAAUGAAUGUGGUAUUGAAAGUGGUAUUGUUGCUGGUGCACCAAAGCUCAAUUAA